AUGGUCGUCGACAAGCAGAACACCGUCGUCUACAACAGCGAGAGCCCCACUGCAGUGGUCUUCUUCCUUCACGGACUAGGUGACACGGCACACGGCUGGGCCGAGUCCUUCCGCAGCGUGGCUAAGGCCAUGCCUCACGUCAAGUUCGUGCUCCCCACGGCUGCUCCCCGGCCGGUGACAAUUGCGAAUGGCCGCGAGAUUCUUGCCUGGUAUGACAUCGAAGCGUUCGUGGGCGGCGCGGGGUACGCUGCGGGGAUCGAGCUGACCCGCGACGCGCUUGAGUCCAUGAUCACCCAGGAGGUUGAUGCGGGAAUCCCUCGCUCGCGUAUCGUAGUGGGCGGGUUUAGUCAGGGCGGAGCUGUGUCGUACUUCACGGGUUUCCAGACAAAGCAGCCGAUUGGUGGCAUUAUGGUGUUGUCGUCGUUCAUUCCGCGUGAAAAGGAGUUCGAAUUUGCACCCGAGACGGCUCAUGUGCCUCUGCUCAUUUGCCACGGCGAUGCAGACUCGCGCGCUCGCUACGAAUGGGCCGUCAAGUCGAAGCAGCGGCUGGCUGAAGCUGGCGUCAAGGACAUCACGUUCCACACGUACCCGAACAUGGACCACACGUCGUCUCCGCAGGAAAUCAAAGACAUUCAAGCUUGGUUGGAUCGCGUCCUACCAGCCACGACGUCCAAGCAGGAGCUAUGA